AUGGCGCUCGAGGCGCCUCAGCUGCCAACACGGUUUCCCUGUUGGUGUCGAGCAGUGUACUCGUGGGGAGGUGAGACCAAACGAGACUUGGGUUUCGUGGAGGGGGAUCUCAUAGAAUGCUUGAACGCGGGAGAUGGACAGUGGUGGAUGGGGCGACUGCGUCGCGAUAGGCGUAUGAUGGGACUCUUUCCCUCCAACUUUGUGACGGUCCUAGGGGAAGACUUCGUGCCCGUGAGUCGACCUGAACCCCCAAUCGUCAGUGGCGGAAGUCUGUCACGAUCGAAUGGGUUGAAUACCGCUCCCAAGAAGCAAAAGACCGUUUUCAGAAAACCGUUUCAAGCUCACAAAGAGGCUGUUCCGCCUUCUUCAAACCCGUCUCGACUGGCAACAUCAUUAGCGAGCUCGAUACCUCAAACUCCGCCCCGAGAUAAUACCCCGCCAAGGACUGUGCAGCCAUUGCGUACACAGACAACGGCGGUAAAGCACAGUUCUCUGUCAAAACCCUCUUCACGGUCCAAGAGGCCUGCCCGUGCUGUUUCUCCACGUCCUCCUGAGCCGGAGGCACCGCUGACAGCAGUAACGAGACAUCACGGUUCCUUUUCCAGACUACCCCCUCGUGCCAUAUCACCACGUCCUCCACAGCCAGAAGAGCCAUCAAUGGAAAUAGUGAGGCAUCACAGUGCUAUCUCGGUUUCCAGGCCACAUUCCAGAGCGGUUUCUCCAGCACCGUUUCCUGAGUCUUAUGAGCCAACCCCAGUUAGGCCGCACGAUCCUUGGUCGAGGCAUUCAUCCCGCGAAAUCUCUCCAGGCUCUUAUCAAGAACGCGAAGAUUCGCCGCCUCCACCGCCUCCACCUCCGCAUAGGGUGGCAGUCAACAGCCAGACGCGGAACGAUGUUUCGGCUCCCGCUCCGUUGGAGAUGAAUGACCGGUAUCUGGCUGUAUCUAGAACGCCCUCACCAAUUCCUCCGUCGCCGGAAAUCAAUGGCCAUACCCCCUCCCCUUUAAGGGACGCUAUGGAAGAUGUGAUGACUUCGUUGCAAGAUAUGGGUCUUCCGCGAGAGGGCCACUCUCCGUCCCCUCCGCCGACCUUUGCCAAUCCUUGGUCUCCGGAUGCUUUUGAUGCUCUGCGUGACAGGAGUCCAUCGCGUGUUAAUGCUCGUCCCCUAACAUCGUUGGGUCUUGGUGGCGACACCGAUCCGUAUCCCGAGGGGAACAAUUAUGAAAACAGCCAUAACUUCCCUGACAGAUAUCAUGAUGGCCCACCCCAACUCAGUAACUAUGUGCAGAGAAUGGAAAGUCGGCUAAGGCAGCUGCACGAGCAGAAUGGGGAAUCCGUCGAUAGCAUGCAGGAUCCUUCGGAGGACAUGGGUCCCCCGCCCCCCCCUCGUGGAAGAUACCACUCGAUUCCUGCACCUCAGCCGCAACUCAGGGCCCGCAAAUCAGGAGUGGACCUUGGAAGAAACGUCCUGAACCGUACUCUCACAAACAAGUCAAAUACAACAAACUCAUCGAGCGGCGUGCAGAGCACCACCACAAAUGGAACGACAAGCACCGGGAAGACAAGUCAGAGUGUGAUGAGCGGACCUUCUGCAGGAGGCCUCAGUGCUACAAGUGCAGGUAGCUUUGCUAGAAGGGGAAAGAUUGGAAGCUUCAGCGAGAGACCGAAUACAGCUAUGGAUACGGCUCGCCCAAGAGGCUUCAGCGAUUUAGGAAAGGCUGGCUCGAGACCCCAGACGCCUCUCACCGGGGUCUCGUACCAUUCGAGCCAUAAUACUUCAAGGCAGGGGGCAUCAUCAGCGAUACCUUGGUCUUCUCCAGCAAACAGCUCUGUCGCCGAAUCUCCAGGCGUGUUUGGAGGACUUUCGACUCCGAAAUCCAAGAAGACGGGAUUCUUCAAGAAAAUCAUCGAAUCUGCGAAGACAGGAGCGGCUUCCGCUCGGAGCAGCAUCUCAGUAGGUCAAAGUGGCGGUUCCCCCUCGCCCACAAAGCUGAGAUUCCCCGAAGCUAUCUCCUCAGCCACUAUCCAUGGCAAGGAUGCUUCCCGAGAAAUGGGACUAGGCGGCCCUGGAAGUGUUGACUGGGUGCAAGUUCGGCGGGAUGUUAACCGUGCAACUUCCCCGAGUUCGAAUGAACGAGUUGAGAGGGCCGAACGAUGCCAAAUGAUGGAUCAUCCUGUCAUCUAUGCUGUCGAGGAGCUCUACGAGACGGCAGAAGGCGACGAAGGCAUUGAUGGAUUACCUCUUAGUGAGCCAACGAACUGGGGUGCGGUUAACCUCAACCUGGUGGACAAGAGCGCCCGGUUUGUCAACAGCUUGCCGCCGAUGACUAACCCCGCAAGUCUAGCUCAGGGCUAUGUCUGUCGGCCCUAUAAGAGUGACGUCCAAAGACUUCGUGCUAUAUUCACGUGGGUCAGUGAAAAGAUAGCAUGGGAUGAACCCAUUGAGGACGACGUGGAUAUCGACAUGAGGAGAGUCAUAAAUUCUAGGAGAGGCAGUCCGCAAGAAGUUGCCAUACUCGUGAGAGAAAUGUGCGCGGCUGUCGGACUACAUGCGGAAGUUAUCAGAGGAUUCCUCAAGACUCCUGGGGAACUGUCCGAAUUGGACAGUCUGGAGAGACCGAAUCACUGGUGGAAUGCGAUUCUAGUCGACGGAGAAUGGCGUAUAAUGGAUUGCUCCCUUGCAAGCCAUACAAAUCCCAUAAGGAACAAUUUCGUCACUACGAAUUCCCAAUCCGCCGAAAGCUGGUAUUUUCUGGCACGGCCCCUCGAGAUUUGUUAUACACACGUGCCUUUGUAUCCUGAAGAACAGCACAUUUGUCCUCCUAUUUCGCCUGACGUCCUCCUGGCGCUUCCUGCGGCCUGUCCUCCCUACUUCAAGAACGGUCUCCAAAUGCCCAAUUACGACACUAGUCUGGUCAGGAUCGAAGGCCUCGAGGUAAUGCAGAUUCGAAUUCUGGUCCCUGCGGACGUUGAGUGUGCGGCUGAGGUAGAGGCCCCAGCCUUUGCCAGGGAUGCAGACGGUGAUUUCUUCGAGAGCGGUGACGUGGUAAGGAAGAGGGCUUUGGUUCAGCCUGACUGGAUUGGUGGUCAGAAAAGAUUUACUAUUAAGGCAGUCCUGCCAGGUGACGAAGGCCAUGGGGUCCUGAAGAUCUAUGCAGGCAAGAAGGGUCUCAUGCACUCCACUAGGGAUAUCCCUCAUCCGCUUGCGCUCUCUCUUCCCAUCAUCCAUACUGGCGAGAACCCCCCUUACGAGUUCCUCGUUCGCCAUCCUACGCCUCAUGCCCAGCGUCACGAUCUGUACGUCAUGCAGCCUCAGUGUGGAAGGCUUGCGAUCAAUAACACUUUUGUCUUCGCGGUCCGCCAACAUCCUUCUUUGCUACAAUCUACUGGUAGCGAAGACAAUUCCGACGGACGAGUCUCGCCAUCGCUUUUCUCACGACCCCAUAGUGCCUUUGGCAGGCCAUCUAGCGCAUUGAGUAUGGCAUCUAGCGCCGCCGGUUCAACCACCUCUUCUGCAUCCCACGAGUUCUCUGCCUCGACGUCCGCCCUUUCAUCCUCCAAGUCAACCCAGGGUCGUGAGAAGCCCGCUAAGCUGGCGAUUCAAUCACCAUCAGGCAAAAUCCUCAGAUUGACUCGGAAGGCCGAUCACAUGAUCAGCGCCGCCAACGGCGCGGAUUCUCCAGCGGACGGUGCAGCCGAUGGCAGCGUAUGGGAAACUGUCAUCAAGAUUGGAGAACGGGGAGUCUGGCGUGGCCUGGUGCUGGCCGACAGAAGUGCCCGGUGGUGCGUCUUUUGUGAAUGGGAGUGCUACUGA